AUGUCGGCAUCCGGAUCGGAGGUCUCCAGCGGUGUCGCUGAUUCCGGCGCUGCAGCGACGACGACGACGACAACAACCAACAACGUCCUGAAGAAGGUCUUCCCGGACGUCGAUCUCGACGGUCACAAUCUGCCGCCGUCGCCAGCACCGUCCAGUCCACGGACGGGACGGCGAUACGCCCUUGCCACGGAAUUGGUGUAUACGGAGGGCAACGACCAGUACAAUGCGAGCAGUGUGCCGAUUUACCAGCUGACUGGUGAUACUUCGGGCGCCGGAGGCGGAGAGUAUGACUACACUCGCUCGGGCAAUCCCACCCGGACGCAUCUCGAAAGACAUCUCGCCAAGAUCAUGUCUGCGCAGCGCGCACUCGUGGUCUCGUCGGGAAUGGCAGCGCUGGAUGUCAUCACGCGACUGCUGCAUCCGGGAGAUGAGGUGGUGACCGGCGACGAUCUGUACGGCGGCACGCACCGUCUGCUGAAAUACCUCACGACGCACGGCGGCAUCGUCGUUCAUCACGUCGACACCACCAGGCCGGAAUGUGUCCAGGCGGUCCUCAAUUCUAAGACGGCCAUGGUGCUGCUCGAGACGCCGACGAACCCGCUGAUCAAGAUCGUCGACAUCCCCAAGGUCGCCGCGCUCGCUCACAAGGCCAAUCCGAACUGUCUGGUGGUCGUCGACAACACCAUGAUGUCGCCGCUGCUGCUCAACCCGCUCGAGCUGGGUGCGGAUAUUGUCUACGAGAGCGGCACCAAGUAUCUGUCGGGACACCAUGACCUGAUGGCGGGUGUCAUCGCCGUGAACGAUGCAGCCCUCGGCGAGCGACUCUAUUUCCCGAUCAACGCAUCGGGCUGUGGACUCUCGCCAUUCGACUCGUGGCUGCUGAUGCGCGGGGUCAAGACGCUCAAGGUGCGGAUGGAGCAGCAGCAAGCCAAUGCGCAGCGGAUUGCCGAAUUCCUCGAGUCGCACGGCUUCAAGGUGCGCUAUCCGGGCCUGCGCUCACAUCCCCAGUACGAGUUGCACCACUCCAUGGCGCGGGGCGCUGGGGCGGUGCUGUCCUUCGAGACGGGCGACGUCGCGCUGAGCGAGCGGAUCGUCGAGAGCGCCAAGCUGUGGGCGAUCAGCGUCAGCUUUGGCUGUGUCAACAGCCUGAUCAGCAUGCCAUGCCGGAUGAGUCACGCCAGCAUCGACGCCAAGACGCGACAGGAGCGAGCCAUGCCGGAGGAUCUGAUCCGGUUGUGCGUGGGCAUUGAGGAUGUCGAUGAUUUGAUUGACGAUUUGAGGCGGGCGCUGGUCCAAGCUGGUGCCGUCAAUGUAUCGCUGGAUGACUUCCAAGCCGUCAACCAGGCCUCUACAGCGUCAGAGAGCAACUCCACUAUUAUAUCCUUGCUUGAUAAUUGA